AUGAAGGUCGUUACCAAGGAAGAAGAGGCCGCCCACUACAAGCAGGUGCUCACCGGCGGCGCCGUCGGUGGUGUUGUCGGCCUUGGAAUCGGCGCGGCCGCCUUGUCUCUAGGCACCCGCCGAUACCAUACCGUUCGCAGUCUCACUCUCCCCUUCAAGGCGUUCCUCCUGAGCUCUUCGGCCACUUUUGGCCUCAUCGUCAAUGCAGAGAGGUACAGCAUCGCCUUCCAAAAGGCCAAGGAUCCCAUGUAUGGCUACAAGAGCAAGUCGGCGCGCACCCUUGAGGAGGCCAUGGCCAAUCGCUCGACCUACGACAAGUUCAUGAGCUGGGGCCGCGAAAACCGCUAUACUAUCGUCUUCAGCUCGUGGCUGGCCUCCAUGGGCGUUGCCCUCGCCAUCGUCAACCGCUCCAAGUACAUGACUGCGGCCCAGAAGCUAGUACAGGCCCGUGUUUAUGCCCAAGGUCUCACCGUUGCCGUGCUCGUCAUCACUGCGGCCUUUGAGAUGAACGACGCCAAGACCGGUGCCGGCAGGUGGCAGACCGUUCUUAUUGUCGACCCUAACGAUCCCGAGCACAAAAGCUCAUCGAGAAGAAGGUUCACAAGGAGGAAUACGAGGGCCAAGACCGCUGGAAGGCCGCUGACAAUCCUUCCUUAUAUAGACAUGGUUGCUGCUGAAGAGCGAAGGAUAGCCGAGCGAAAGAAGCAGGGUGAGGCUUCGGCUGCCCCCGCUGCCACCAAGACGGAGGCCCUCUAA